AUGGACCCGAGCAACACAAGCGGGAAGCCCUUGAGCGCCAACCCUCGACACCUCGGCCUGCCCCGCCGCCAGUCAUUCGACCCGCUCUCCUCCUCAAACAAGGGCGCCCUCUCGCUCGGCACGCUCCCUCGCCCCUCGUUCGCCGACCUCCCCACCGGUCUGAGAAGCGUCCCUGCAAUCGAAAGCAGCCGCCACCUCGGUUCCGCGUUCCGCAACGUCUCUGCGCCGCUCGGAGACGGCCAACGGACGCCUGGCGGGUCACUCGUCAUCGGCGCCGAAGUCUUCGGGUUCGGCAAGCACCUCCCCCGAGAACUCGAGCGGCGGGCGGGGCAUGGCGGACCUGCGUCGUUGGACGGGCUGGACGACGGGACUGCGGCGUCGAGGUUGACGAGCGAUUGGGUGACCGGGUUCGGCGCCAAGGCGGCGAGCUCGACGGACGACCUGCGGCUGCACUUGACGGACGACUCGCGAGGACUGCGCGGCUUUGACAGGCUGAGCGGGGACUUUACGAGCGGCUUCGCGCGGUCUCAACUCAAGCCGACCGGAUCAGCAGUCGACCUUCGCUCGUCGUCGCCCGCCUCCAUGACCGACUCGCUGCGCGCUCCUUCGCGGUCGAGCCUCCUCCCUCCCUCGUCACACCUCGCCCACUCGCCCGUCGACGCAUCCUCGCAGGAGACCUCGCCAGUCGGGUCCAGCGGCGCCGGCUCUGCACCCACGACCGCGACCUCGAUCCAGCUCGGCGCGCCGUCACCGACAAGCUACGGCGCCGCAGCAGCGACAGGCUCGACUCCCUCUCCCGGCUCAGCGCCCUACACCUACCCUUACCAGCCUCCCGACCCGUCCCCUCCGCCCCUCGGCAACCCCUACUUUGCACACAUGGGCGGCCUCUCACCUCCUCCCGCUGGGUACCCUCCGCGGGACAGCCGAGCGGCCGAGCCGAUGUACAACAGCUUCGGGCAGGCCGUGACGGGCGCGCAGAGCGUCGAAGACGACCUCGCGAGCGGGCUGCGCGGAAUCAGCUUGGCGGGCGGAGGAGGAGGAGCGGCGGGCGCGAACGCGAGAGGCGGUCCGAGGUCGCCGUAUUCGGGUGAGCCGUUCGGGAACCUCUCGACGACUGCUGCGGCUGGUGCAGGCGCCGGCGACGGUCCUCGCGAGCACCCGGGCAGGCAAAACUCGAUCAGCUAUCCCUAUUACCUCCCGCCCGGUUCGCCUUACAUGAGCCACCAAGACUCGUACCCGCCGCCCCUGUCCUACGCGCCCAUGGGUUUCUACUCGCCCGACGCCGGUGCAGGCGGUCCAGGCGGCCGUCGCGACUCGAUCGCACCCGCUUGGGGCCUUCCCAUGCCGCCUUUCGCUCUCCCUCCCGAGUUCGUCAACGGCUCGCCGUCCGCCGUCCCGUCUCGUCAAGGCUCCUUCUCGUUUGCGCCGUCCGGCCUUCCCGGUCAACCAGGCGCGAUGUCGCCCUACGCUCCCGGCCCUCCCCCUCCCUCCAACGGCUUCGCGAACGGCCACCCUCCUCCCCCGCCUCCCUCGCAUCUCGAGCAUGGCGGUCCUCCUCCUCCUCCACCGAUGUACGGCGGUCCGCAGCUCGGACAGCAGCACCAGAUCAUCCUCGGACGCGGCGUGAGGGGGAUGGAGUACGUCGCGCCUGGACCGGUGCAGCCGCAUGGGUACGGCUCGGGCUACGGACCUGACAUGAGGAGUUUGAGGAGUCCGCUGCUUGAGGAGUUCAGGAGCAACAGGAACAGGAGUUGGGAGUUGCAGGAUCUCGCUGGCCACAUCGUCGAGUUCAGCGGCGACCAGCUUGGCUCGCGUCACAUCCAGACGAAGCUGGAGACGGCGACCACCGAGGAGCGCAACAUGGUCUUCAAGGAGAUCUUGCCGAACAUGCUCCAGCUCUCGACUGACGUAUUCGCCAACUACGUGAUCCAGAAGUUCUUCGAGCAAGGCAGCCAAGUGCAGAAGACGGCGAUGGCCAAGGUCCUCGAAGGCCACGUGCUCCAGCUUUCGCUGCAGAUGUACGGCUGCCGCGUCGUCCAGAAGGCGCUCGAGUACGUCCUCGUCGACCAGCAGGUCCGCCUCGUCAAGGAGCUCGACGGCAACGUCCUCAAGUGCGCGAGAGAUGCACAGAGCAACCACGUCAUCCAGCGCGCCCUUGAACGAGUCCCGCCCGAACACCUCUUGUUCAUCACGAACGCCUGCGUCGGCGAGGUCCACAGUCUUGCCACGCAUCCCUAUGGCUGCCGCGUCCUCCAGCGCAUCUUUGAGAACUGCCCGGCGCAUCAGACUCGCACCCUUCUCGACGAAUUGCAUCGCUCGACGCAGCAUCUCAUCCAGGACCAGUACGGCAACUACGUCGUCCAGUGGGUGCUCGAAAAGGGCGACACGGCGGACCGCUCGCUCGUCAUCGCCAAGGUCUACGGCCAGCUCCUCCCCCUCGCCCAGCAGAAAUUCGCCUCGAAUGUCGUCGAGAAGUGCAUCCUGUACGGUACCGACGACGAGCGUCGCCGCUUGAUUGACGAGGUCCUCCAGACCGGUCACGACGGCUCGAGCACGAUCAAAGCGAUGCUCGUCCAUCCCUACGCCAACUACGUCAUCCAAAAAUGCCUCCACAGCGCCCUUAGUCCCCAGCGCGAGGCCCUCUUCGCCGAGACGACCCAGCAGAUCCUCAACCUCCGCAAGUACUCGACGACCUACUCGAAACACCUCGUCACGAUCGAACGCGUCCUCUCCGCCGAGCGCGAGGCGAACGGCCUUCCACCGCUUCCCGGCUUUCAUCACGGGCUGGGUCCCGCGAACGGCGGUGGACACAUGAACAGCAUCUUCAUCCCGCAUCCAACUGCAGCAUAG